AUGACCGAUAACUUACCACCUAUCUACAACUUUCCACCUUUAUAUACCUGCCAGCCCAACGUGCUAAUCAGGGAACAACAGCUCACAACUUGGUGCAACUUACUGCUGGAGUUUUCGAAGAACAAUAAAGCGUGGUGUAUGAACCAAGAUGGGGGUAUAAUACGGGAUGCUGAGUCUUCCAACAGCAGUGUGUUUAAGAAUGAGUCAAUUCAAAGGACGGCACCCGCACCAUUCAUCGAUCAAAUUUGGAGCAGAAUGGUGGAAAGUCAAAAAGCUGUUAAAGUUGACAAUGGACAAUAUCUGAUGCUAUGGAGGAGUCUGGAGCAUUGGAGCUCAUUGUUUUUGCAGUGGUUUGAAACAGCCGGGAAACUCAACCAAGUGGUCACUCUUUAUGAGCUGCUGGAGGGGGACGAAUCGCUUGACUGGGAGUUCCAUGGAAUGCACCAAAAAUUGUGCGAGCUGUGUCUGCAGAAGUUACGCGAAAGGGGAAGAGCGACGCUUUUGAAGGAACAGAACAGAAUCAUGGGUGUGAAAGUGCUGUAG